UUCAGAUGCUCAAGCCAGGCCCAGUGUUUCUCCCUGCUGAUUUGGAUGGAGAACUCUUGGCUCCUUCUCCAGAACCAUGUCUGCCACCAUGCUUCCAAUGGACUAAACCUCUGAACUAAAAAGAACCUUCAUUUUCCUCCCGAGUCCCCUUGGAAGACAAGAGGCUUCUGGAGCAGCUCCGGGCCAGGGGACGCUGGAACUCAGUCUUGAUUUCCUAAAGAUGUCUUUCACUUGAAGAGUGCUGUCUUUCCCAUUGGUGAACUAAGACAACUGUCAACAUUGCCUGGCUAUCCUCUUCGUCACUUAAGGAUGGUUGUCUCUAAGAUGUUGCUUGGCAUGGGCUGGGAUCCUCUGCCUGUUUGUUGAAUUGUGACUUUCGAAUGUGCAGGUUGUGUUAAGUACAAGGAGAACCUCUAUGGGUAACGUCUGUGUUGGAGAAGCCAUUUGUCAACCAUGGUAAAACUCGCAAACCCACUUUACACAGAGUGGAUUCUUGAAGCGGUGCAGAAAAUCAAAAAGCAAAAGCAGCGGCCCUCGGAAGAGCGAAUCUGCCAUGCCGUCAGCACGUCCCACGGCCUGGAUAAGAAGACAGUCUCCGAGCAGCUGGAGCUCAGUGUUCAGGAUGGCUCCGUUCUCAAAGUCACCAACAAAGGCCUUGCUUCGUAUAAGGACCCAGACAACCCUGGGCGGUUCUCAUCAGUUAAACCAGUCACUUUCCCCAAGUCAGCCAAGGGCUCCAAAGGACCGUGCAGCGAUCUACGCAAUGUGGAUUGGAACAGACUUCUAAAGAGAGCAAUCGAAGGCCUUGAGGAGCCAAAUGGCUCCUCCUUGAAGAACAUCGAGAAGUAUCUCAGAAAUCAGAGUGAUCUCACAGGCACCAUCAACCACCCAGCCUUUCAGCAGAGGCUGCGACUAGGGGCCAAGCGUGCUGUGAACAAUGGGAGGUUACUGAAGGAAGGACCACAGUACAGGGUCAAUUAUGGGAGCUCAGAUGGCAAAGGGGCGCCCCAGUACCCCAAUGCUUUUCCAUCCUCACUCCCGCCCGUCAGCCUUCUACCCCACGAGAAAGACCAGCCCCGUGCCGAUCCCAUUCCAAUCUGUAGCUUCUGUCUGGGGACUAAGGAGUCCAAUCGUGAGAAGAAACCGGAAGAGCUCCUGUCCUGUGCAGACUGUGGCAGCAGCGGACACCCAUCCUGUUUGAAAUUUUGUCCUGAAUUAACCGCCAAUGUGAAGGCCUUGAGGUGGCAGUGCAUCGAGUGCAAGACAUGCAGCGCAUGUCGGGUCCAGGGCAAAAAUGCAGAUAAUAUGCUUUUUUGUGAUUCCUGUGAUAGAGGAUUCCAUAUGGAGUGCUGUGACCCACCACUUUCCAGAAUGCCAAAAGGGAUGUGGAUUUGCCAAGUCUGCAGACCAAAGAAAAAGGGAAGAAAACUACUCCAUGAGAAAGCCGCACAAAUAAAACGACGAUAUGCAAAACCCAUUGGACGACCGAAAAAUAAAUUAAAGCAACGAUUGUUGUCUGUAACCAGUGAUGAAGGAUCCAUGAAUGCAUUCACAGGAAGGGGGUCACCUGGUAGGGGUCAAAAGACUAAAGUCUGUACCACACCUCCAUCUGGUCAUGCUGCGUCUGGGAAGGACUCAAGCAGCAGAUUGGCUGUUACAGACCCCACUCGGCCUGGUGCCACCACCAAAAUCACCACCACCUCCACCUACAUUUCUGCCUCUACACUUAAAGUUAACAAGAAAACCAAAGGGCUCAUUGAUGGCCUUACUAAGUUUUUUACACCAUCACCUGAUGGUCGCAGAUCACGAGGUGAAAUAAUAGACUUUUCAAAGCACUAUCGUCCAAGGAAAAAGGUCUCUCAGAAACAGUCAUGCACUUCUCAUGUGUUGGCCACAGAUACUGAAAUUAAAAUAAGCAUCAAACAAGAAAGUACAGAUGUAAAUGUUUUCGGAAACAAGGAUGUCGUGACUGAAGAGGAUCUGGACGUUUUUAAGCAGGCCCAGGAACUGUCUUGGGAGAAAAUAGAGUGUGAAAGUGGAGUGGAAGACUGUGGUCGGUACCCUUCAGUGAUAGAGUUUGGAAAAUAUGAAAUCCAGACCUGGUACUCCUCGCCUUACCCACAGGAAUAUGCAAGAUUACCAAAGCUUUACCUGUGUGAAUUCUGUCUUAAAUAUAUGAAGAGUAAAAAUAUUUUGCUAAGACACUCAAAAAAGUGUGGAUGGUUUCAUCCUCCAGCGAAUGAAAUUUACCGAAGAAAAGACCUUUCAGUAUUUGAGGUUGAUGGGAAUAUGAGCAAAAUUUAUUGCCAGAACCUUUGCUUGUUAGCCAAGCUCUUCCUGGACCACAAAACGUUGUAUUAUGAUGUCGAGCCGUUCCUUUUUUAUGUCCUUACAAAAAAUGAUGAGAAAGGGUGCCAUCUGGUUGGAUACUUCUCUAAGGAAAAGCUUUGCCAGCAGAAGUAUAAUGUCUCCUGCAUAAUGAUCAUGCCCCAGCACCAAAGGCAAGGGUAUGGACGGUUUCUCAUUGAUUUCAGCUAUUUGCUUUCUAGAAGAGAGGGCCAAGCAGGGUCUCCUGAAAAGCCACUUUCUGAUCUUGGCCGUCUCUCCUACCUGGCCUACUGGAAAAGCGUCAUCUUGGAAUAUCUCUACCACCACCAUGAGAGGCACAUCAGCAUCAAGGCCAUUAGCAGAGCCACAGGCAUGUGCCCACACGACAUUGCCACCACUCUGCAGCACCUCCACAUGAUCGACCGGAGAGAGGGCAGGUUUGUGAUCAUUAGAAGGGAAAAGUUGAUAUUGGGCCACAUGGAAAAGCUGAGAAGCUGUUCCAGAACUAAUGAACUUGAUCCAGAGAGUCUGAGGUGGACCCCCAUUUUAAUUUCUAAUGCCGUGGUUUCUGAAGAAGAGCGGGAAGCUGAAAAGGAGGCGGAACGACUAAUAGAACAAGCCAGCUGCUGGGAAAAGGAGGAGCAAGAGACCCUGUCAUCUAGAGUUAACAGUAGGCCGUCACCUGCAAAAGUACACUCGAAAAAUAAAUACUUGCACUCUCCAGAGAGGCGGCCAGUGGCCGGGGAGCGAGGACAGCUGUUAGAGCUGUCCAAAGAGAGUAGUGAGGAAGAGGAGGAGGAGGACGAAGAGGACGAGGAGGACGAGGACGAAGAGGACGAAGAUGAGGACGAGGAAGAGAACAUUCAGACGUCUCCCCCACGGUUGACCAAACCACAGUCAGUUUCCAUGAAGAGAAAGAGGCCUUUUGUAGUAAAGAAGAAAAGGGGUCGUAAACGCAGAAGGAUCAACAGCAGUGUAACCACCGAGACCAUUUCCGAGACAACGGAAGUCCUGAAUGAACCCUUUGAGCACUCAGACGAGGAGAGGCCGAUGCCGCGGCUGGAGCCGACCUGUGAGAUCGAGGUGGAGGAGGAGGGCAGGAAGCCACUUCUGAGAAAAGCAUUCCAGCAUCAGCCGGGGAAGAAACGGCAGGCAGAGGAAGAGGAAGGAAAAGACAAUCAUUUCUUCAAGAAUGCUGCCCUUUGUAGAAACAAUGUGGACGAUAAUGCAGGAAACUUGAAAGAAGGCAGCAAAGACAAUCCUGAACCUCUGAAGUGCAAACAAGUCUGGUCGAAAGGGACCAAGCGCGGCCUCUCCAAGUGGAAGCAAAGCAAGGAGAGGAAGACAGGGUUCAAACUGAACCUGUACACCCCACCAGAGACGCCCAUGGAGCCAGACGACCCGGUGACCGUGGGGGAGCAGAAGGAGGUCUCAGACGACAAGGUCAGCCCUGUGGGGACAGAGCGGGAGGUGACGGAGACCAUGGAAGCCCUGCUACCGCAGGACGGAAAGAGAAGGGAGGAGACAGGCGCACCCGUGAGUCCCUGUAAGUCACCAGGUAAAAAGGUAGAUGAGGAGGACCCCAUCAAAGGUGAGGAGGAGGAGGAGGAGGAAGAGGAGGAAGAGCGGGAGGAGGAGGAGGAGGAGGAGGAAGGAACUGCAGAAAAAGACCAGGAUGGUGCUCAAAGUAAAGAAAAAGAGGAACCAGAAAUCUCCAUGGAGAAGGAAGACCCCGUGCAUUUGGAUGAUCACGAGGAGGAGGAGGAAGAGGAGGAAGAGCCAUCCCACAAUGAGGACCAUGACGCAGAUGACGAGGAUGACAGCCACAUGGAGUCCGCCGACGUGGAGAGGGGUGACCUCCCCAAAGAAGCCUUCAAGGAUGCGCUAGAGAGCCAGGAAGCUUUUUUAGACCUUAGUGCUCAGCCGAGUCACUCCAGCCCGGAGGUCCUGAUGGACUGCGGCGUUGACCUUGCCGUUGCGUGUGACAGUGAGCCGAAGGAGCUUGCUGGGGACACUGGAACUGCGCCUGAAUCUGAUGAGGAGCCCUCAGAAGAGCAGACACAGAAGCAGGACCAGAAGAACAGUGAUGGCGUCGAUGCUGAGCUCAAAGAGGGAGGCACAGCCCCUGUGGAAAUUGACUCGGAGACCGCCCAGGCUGUCCAGUCUUUGACCCAAGAAAACGGGGAACACGACGACACCUUUCAGGAUUGUGCCGAGACACAAGAGGCCUGUAGAAGCCUGCAGAACUAUACACAUACAGACCAAAGUCCUCAAAUUGCCGCCACUCUGGACGAAUGCCAACAGUCAGACCACAGCCCGAUUUCGUCCGUCCAUUCCCAUCCUGGCCAGUCAGUCCGUUCUGUCAACAGCCCCAACGUCCCCGCCCUAGAGAACAGCUAUGCCCAAAUCAGUCCCGACCAGACUGCUAUCACAGUGCCGCCUCUGCAGAGCAUGGAGACCAGUCCGAUGAUGGACGUGCCGUCAGUCUCCGACCACUCACAGCAAGUCGUUGACAGUGGCUUUAGUGACCUGGGCAGCAUCGAGAGCACAACUGAGAACUACGAAAACCCGAGCAGCUACGACUCAACCAUGGGAGGCAGCAUCUGCGGGAACAGCUCUUCCCAGAACAGCUGUCCCUACAGCGGCCUCACCUCUAGCAAUCUGACACAGAGCAGCUGUGCCGUCACCCAGCAGAUGUCCAACAUCAGCGGGAGCUGCAGCAUGCUGCAGCAGACCAGUAUCAGCUCCCCUCCGACCUGCAGUGUCAAGUCCCCCCAAGGCUGUGUGGUGGAGAGGCCUCCCAGCAGCAGCCAGCAGCUAGCUCAGUGCAGCAUGGCCGCCAACUUCACCCCACCCAUGCAGCUGGCCGACAUCCCUGAGACCAGCAAUGCCAACAUUGGCUUAUAUGAGCGAAUGGGUCAGAGUGACUUUGGGGCUGGGCACUACCCACAGCCAUCUGCCACCUUCAGCCUUGCCAAACUACAGCAGUUAACUAACACACUUAUUGACCAUUCAUUGCCUUACAGCCAUUCCGCUGCUGUGACCUCCUAUGCAAACAGUGCCUCUUUGUCCACACCACUAAGUAACACAGGGCUUGUUCAGCUUUCUCAGUCUCCACACUCCGUCCCUGGGGGAUCCCAAGCACAAGCGACCAUGACCCCGCCCCCUAACCUGACUCCUCCUCCCAUGAAUCUGCCGCCACCUCUCUUGCAGCGGAACAUGGCUGCUUCGAACAUUGGCAUCUCCCACAGCCAAAGACUGCAGACUCAGAUUGCCAGCAAGGGCCACGUCUCCAUGAGAACCAAGUCGGCAUCUCUGUCACCAGCCGCUGCCCCCCAUCAGUCACAGAUCUAUGGGCGUUCCCAGACUGUAGCCAUGCAGGGUCCCACACGGACUUUGACGAUGCAGAGGGGCAUGAACAUGAGUGUAAACUUGAUGCCAGCGCCAGCCUACAAUGUCAACUCUGUGAACAUGAACAUGAACACUCUCAACGCCAUGAACGGGUACAGCAUGUCCCAGCCAAUGAUGAACAGCGGCUACCACAGCAACCAUGGCUACAUGAAUCAAACGCCCCAGUACCCUAUGCAGAUGCAGAUGGGCAUGAUGGGAACCCAGGCGUACGCCCAGCAGCCAAUGCAGACCCCACCCCACAGUAACAUGAUGUACACGGCCCCCGGACACCACGGCUACAUGAACACAGGCAUGUCCAAACAGUCUCUCAAUGGGUCCUACAUGAGAAGGUAGGCAAGCCCGGCAGCCCACAGACCCCCCUGGGCCGCACUGUUGGAUUGAUCUGCACAAAUACCUUUGAAGAGUACGAUUUCAAAACCAGCAUUGGUGUGAAUGCAAAAACAUUGCUGGCACCAUUUAUUUAAAAAAAAAAAAAAAAAAAAAAAAGCUGUAUGCAGCAGAAAGCCUUAUACAAGUUGUUUUUCUUUUUUC